AUGAAUCGUUACGACCAUGAAAAUUCUAAAAACAAAUCCGAAGAACAGGAAGAGAUUCCCAAUAUUCAGACAGAGAAGCAACCACAACAACAAUCAUCCACCUCUUUCUUUUCUUCACCGUAUGAUAAAAUUUUGAGCUACAUUUCGGAAGAUACGAUCAAAGCCUACGAUGAUAGUGAAGGCUUCCGACUUUUUUGCUUGGAUCAAAAAUAUGAUGCAGCAGGUUCUCGGGUGUUGGAAGCUGCUGAUUAUGCAACUUGUCGUGCUCUGUGUGAGAGGUAUUAUGUAUUGCACUUGUUACAAUCGGUCACUCAGAAAGUGGCGAUUUUGGCCAUUGUAUGCAUGUUGCAUCGAUAUGACGAUGAAGAUUGCAAGAAUGAACGUUUUCAUAUUUCAGAGAAUGAUAAGGAGCUGUUGAAACAAUGGAAUAUGCUUGAAGUGAUUCAAUUUGUCAAUGUGUAUUACAAACAAGAUUAUGAACAGUUUAAAGAGAUGCACUCAACAGGAGAUGUGAUGAACGAAGAAAUCUUUGGCGAACCCAAUGCCAAAAAGAUCAAAACAAGCUCUAAUGAGGAAACAGACAAUGGAAAGAAUGCAUCAUUACACACAAGUGGAAACAGUCGAAUUGGCAAAAUCAAAUUUGAUUCCACCAAGUUUAAAAAUUUCUACUCGUCACUACUUGUUAUGAAAGAGCUCAUUGAAAAAGAGCAAACAUCACAUGAUGACUUGGUAUCUUCAAUUGAAAACAUCCAUGCGCAACAUGUCUUCUCUUGCAUUCGGUAUUUCAAUAGUAGUUAUGGGAAGAACCCAAUGCUUGAGAGAUUUUACUACCAUAUUUUAGAGCUCUAUAGACAAACAGAUCACAAAAUGAGUUGUAUCAAAGUAGUGAAAUUUGGAAUUUUUUGUACUCGCAGACAUGUUCAGCUGCUGACUCAAAUGCUUGAAAACAUAUUAUGUCAUGAGUCCAUUGGAUUUGAUAGAAUAGAAAAAUUUCUGAAAAAACACAUCAAGCACUGCAAAGCAAACGAGAAGUGUCUUGAAGGAAUUUUACUCUUUUUUUGUGACUGUACCGAUGUUGAAAUGAUGACGAAAAUAUUUGUUGAAUCAAUUGAAAUUGAUGACAGCUUUGCAUAUUCAUACGGUAAUUUGGGCUAUUUAAGAGGGUUCAACUUGUAUGGCAAUAGAGACUUAACAGUAGAGGGAAUUAACUAUUUUCACGAGACUUUGAAACGUACAUCGAUUGCUGAUCUCCAUUUGCUGACAGUCAAUGCUUUCAAAACUUUAGGUAUUUUGAAUGUAAUUAUUGGAAACAUUCCAGAAUCCAUCCGUUGCUGCUCCAAAGCUUUGCAAAUACAUCCAAAUUUUUUUGACAUUAUCAAAGAUCGUUGCGAAAUGUCAGGCAUGAUGAAUGACAUACCUUCAGCUCUUCGUGACCUUCAGAAAUGUCUUGAAAUUGGACCUCAACGUAAAAAAGAUCUCAGUGAACUCUACAAUAUAUUUGCCAUAUUCCAACAAAAACUUGGAACGAGCUUGGAUGAUGUCAAGAUGGUUUUAGAAAAUGCAUUGAGAGUAGACCCCACGAACUCCUAUCCUUUUUUAACUCUUUCUACCCUUGCUAUUGAACAGCAAGAUUUAGACGAAUAUUUAGAUUUGCGUUUGGUAUUUCAUCCAACAUCCUAUCAAGGUGUUUGUGAUUUGCUGAGCCAGGAUGUGGCAGCAUUUCGAGUGUUUGAUCCCAUUCACAAUACACAAUUAGAGGAGGAAUAUAGAACGAAGAAAAGUCGCUUUAUAGCAAGCCAUUCGAGAAUUAGUUAG